AUGCAUCCAUCGCGCAUCCCUACCGCUUCAUCUCUGCCUUGCCGCGUUGCGAUGGUCGUGCUUUGCAGGAAGACCGCCAGGCGUCGCCGCCGUCGGGUCAAUUUGAGUGAUUGCCCGGCGAGCGGCCGCCAGAGCGCGCCGCCGGCGGCGUCUCCGCAGGGAAAUCCCUGCCUGCCUGCCUGCCGGCCGGCCGCUCCGCCCACCGCCCCCGCCGACGGGCCAGCGGACAGGCAGACGCCGCGCCGCCUCGCGUCACGUCGCGUCGGGCGACAGGUGCAACUUGUCAAUCGUAUUCAAACUUUUUCGGAUGUUGGCUUCCUUCCCUGCCGGCAUUUGCCGGUCACUUCGACAUGGUACAGGUCACAUUUACCCAAGGAUGGUAGAACUGAAAGGAAGAAAAUCGGGACAAAAAAACAGGCGCUGUGCAUGAUCUAUUCUCCUGGAAAUGAACAAGAUACCUACGUCAUCAUAUUUGCCGAAUUCACGUUGUUCAACCGUGUGCUGGACAGCGGAGCUCUCUUCGUCAUCAAAGUAUAA